CGCUCACCCUUCCUCCCUCUCUCUAUCACCCCACCUCCCCCCCAUACCCUGCUCCUCCCCCAGUGGGCAUUCCCGGUCUGACCAGUACCCCUGUUCCCAAGCCGGCAGUCGUAGUCAGUCUACGGAACAAGCCAAACGUCUACCAGGUUAUUCGCUCAUUUGGACCCUCUAGAAGGACCCUUUUAACCAAUUGUCGAGAAGGGAAUCACGGAACCGCUAUGGGGGGCGCGGAGACCAACUGCCCCAGUGUUCUAACGCCUGAACAGCUGGAGAAGUACCAUCGCGAAGGAUGCCUGGCGGUGCCUGGGUUCCUGACGGCGGAGGAGGCGGAUUCCCUGAGGACCGCUUGCCGUCGAAUUAUAGACGAGAUGAACCCCAAAGACCACCAGCGCACGGUAUUUUCUACCACAGAUCACGAACAAUCCCGCAACGAUUAUUUCCUCAACAGCGGAGAUAAUGUGAGUUUUUUCUUCGAGCAAGAUGCACUGGACGAGAAGGGUGAACUUAAGGUGGAGAAGCACCUGUCACUGAACAAGAUCGGCCACGCCCUUCACUGGCUUGUUCCUGAGUUCAAGCAGGUCUCCUUCGGUGAGAAGGUCAAGGGCGUCGCCAAGCAGCUGAACUUUGUGUCCCCAGCGGUCGUGCAGUCCAUGUACAUCUUUAAACAACCUGGCAUUGGUGGAGAAGUGACUCCCCAUAAGGACUGUACAUUCCUGUCCACGGAACCACAGAGCUGUGUUGGUUUCUGGUUUGCCUUGGAAGAUGUAACACUAGAGAACGGCUGCCUCUGGUAUAGUCCUGGCUCUCAUAACCAACCUACACAGCGAAGGUUCAUCCGUAACCCAGACAAGACAGGCCCUCUGACUGUCUUUUCUCACCCACCAGAUCCUGAUGACCCAAGUAAAUAUAUAUCUGUACCAGUGCCAAAAGGGUCACUGGUUCUUAUCAAUGGACAGGUGGAUCACAAGAGUGCUAAAAACACUUCACCAAAUUCUCGGCACAUCUAUACUUUCCAUGUCAUUGAACGCCACAAUACUAAAUGGGACGAGAGGAACUGGCUUCAACCCACUCCCCGCAUGCCUUUCACAGGACUUUAUGAGAAUUAAUUACAAAGUUGUAACUGCAGCUCGUAAGUAGGUCAAAGACAAAUCAAUAUACUCAAUAAAUGUAUGUGCAAUAUUCAGAUUUUUAUACUAAUUGCCACUAAAUAUGUUCAAGAGUAACAGUAGAAAUGAAACUAUUUAUGCAAUCCAGCAUCUAGUGCUUAUAUACACUGAGAUUAUUUCAUAUGCAUAUAAAAUUAAAAUGCACAUGUGCUGAGGUAAAAACUUUCAAAAUACAAAAUACAUGCAUGUGGUGGAUCUUUCCUCUCAAUAUUACUGUUGUUACUUUUUUAUAAUAUUUGCCUAGAGAUAUUUAGUGAUUAUAUAAAAUCCUUAGGAUUAUCAUAACUUUUAACUUUUCACUCGGUGAUACAGUAAAUCUGAUAUUAUCAAAUUGAAUAAAGUCUUUAAUCAUGUGAAAAUUGUAUAACAGAUGCUAAAUAAGAAUUUUAGUAAUUAUACUAUGCCCAAUAAGAAAUUACAUUAAAUUUCGAGAGGGACAUAAUGAUAGCUAUAUAUACAUGAACAAUACAUUUACAUCUAUGUUUGCAGGGAUAUAUACUGACUAUAUUGUGUGUGCAAUGUAGGAAAGGAAGCAAUAUGAAACUGGGGAGGGAGAAAGAGAGAGAGAAAAAAGAUGAAAAUAUUUCCUCUGACACAACAGUUACCAAAUGUCUUUUGACUGAUAAAAAUUUAUGUAUAACAUGAAAAGGACAUUAAACACCAAAUAAUA